AACACUUGGCACGCUCCACGCGAAAUUUAAAAAUCAAAGCCACCUCUCUCCCCUUCAUCUCUCUCUCUCUCUCUUUCUCUCUCUCUCUUUCUCUCUGUGUACUCUGCUGCUUUUCAAUCUCGUCGAUCUAGUGCUGAACUAUACACAACAUGAUACAGCUCCUUUACACUGUAAUCUUUGCCGAAAUGGCGUUAAUUUUGACGCUUCUAUUCCAAAACCCUUUGAGGAAGCUUGUUAUCAUGACUUUGGAUCGGGUCAAGCGAGGCAGGGGACCUGUUAUGGUCAAGACCAUCGCUGGCACUGUCUUCAUUGUGCUUUUGUCUAGUGUUUACAGUAUGGUCAAGAUCCAGAAUCGGACUAUCGAGGCCGGUGCUCCCAAUCCUACCGAUCAAGUCCUUAUGUCCAGGCACAUGCUUGAGGCGUCUCUCAUGGGAUUCUUGCUAUUCCUCUCAUUGAUGAUAGAUAGAUUGCACCAUUACAUAAGAGAGCUACGUUUACUCAGAAAGACAAUGGAGGCUGCUAAGAAACAAAGCCGGAGCCUUGAUGAUGGGAAAAAUGGUAAUUCACAGGAGAUCAAGGCGCUGGGGGAAGAGAUUGUUAGCUUGAAGACUAAGAUCAAGAAUCUAGAAUCUGAAUGCGAAGCAAGAGUGAAGGAAGCAAAGGCUGCAGAAACUGAAGCGGAGGCUUUACAAAAACAAUCUGAAGGUUUCCUUCUAGAGUAUGAUCGCUUGCUAGAGGACAAUCAGAACCUGAGGAAUCAACUGGAGUCGAUAGAUCAGACUUUAACACAGUCUGAUGUCAAGAAGAAUAUGUGAGAUAGUAAUUGCCCAAUACAAUAUUCCCCUUUUUAUUGAUUUCCAUAGAGCUAUUUGGAAUUUUGGACUUAGAAAGAGGAGACAGCUAGGGAGUUGAAGUGGAGUUCAUUGUGUGUCGAUAGAUAUGAAAAUUAUGGAACCGUUAGUGUGGGAAACUGCUCAAAGCUCUACAUAUAUAAUAUAUGGUUAACUUGUCACCUGUUUUUGUAUAAA